ACUGAAAUCGCCAAGAGAUUGAAUACGAUUUGUGCACAAGUCAUCCCAUUUCUGUCUCAGGAACAUCAACAACAGGUGGCCCAGGCUGUCGAACGUGCCAAACAGGUGACCAUGGCAGAGUUGAAUGCCAUCAUCGGGCAGCAGCAGUUGCAAGCUCAGCAUCUUUCUCAUGGCCACGGACCCCCGGUACCCCUAACGCCUCACCCUUCAGGACUGCAGCCUCCUGGCAUCCCGCCCCUCGGGGGCAGUGCCAGCCUUCUCGCGCUGUCUAGUGCUCUGAGUGGGCAGUCUCACUUGGCAAUAAAAGAUGACAAGAAGCACCAUGAUGCAGAGCACCACAGAGACAGAGAGCCGGGCACAGUAAGUACCCCAGCGCCUGCUGCACACGAACACAGCCCCAACACCUGCCAGCGCCCUCUGCGAACUCAGCGCAGUCAGGCCCACACUCCCCAUCUCUCAGACAGCGAUGGUGACAAAAGCGAUGACAACUUAGUUGUGGAUGUGUCCAAUGAGGACCCUUCUUCUCCACGAGCAAGUCCUGCCCAUUCACCUCGGGAAAAUGGAAUUGACAAAAAUCGCCUGCUGAAGAAAGAUGCUUCUAGUAGCCCAGCUUCCACUGCCUCCUCGGGAAGUUCUACUUCUUUGAAAUCCAAAGAAAUGAGCUUGCAUGAAAAAGCCAGCACGCCCGUUCUGAAAUCCAGCACGCCGACUCCUCGGAGCGACAUGCCAACGCCGGGCACCAGCGCCACUCCAGGACUCCGUCCAGGCCUGGGCAAGCCUCCAGCCAUGGAGCCCCUCGUCAACCAAGCGGGAUUUGGUUUUCAUUUGGAAUUGGUACCAGGGAAUGGAAAAUUCGGACUGAAGGAGAAAUCUUGGAUUUUAUCAAGAAAAUCUUCUUUUGAGAUUAAGUCAGCCGCCGGUUUGAGGACGCCCCUGGCAGUGCCUGGCCCGUACCCUGCUCCCUUUGGGAUGGUCCCCCACGCCGGCAUGAACGGCGAGCUGACCAGCCCCAGCGCCGCUUACGCCAGUUUACACAGCAUGUCACCCCAGAUGAGCGCUGCCGCUGCGGCCGCCGUGGUGGCCUACGGGCGCUCCCCAAUGGUUGGUUUUGAUCCUCCUCCCCACAUGAGAGUACCUACCAUCCCUCCGAACCUGGCGGGAAUCCCUGGGGGAAAACCUGCCUACUCCUUCCACGUCACUGCAGAUGGUCAGAUGCAGCCUGUGCCCUUUCCCCCUGAUGCCCUCAUUGGACCCGGAAUCCCCCGACACGCUCGCCAGAUCAACACCCUCAACCAUGGGGAGGUGGUGUGUGCAGUGACCAUCAGCAACCCCACGAGGCACGUGUACACAGGAGGCAAGGGCUGUGUCAAGGUCUGGGACAUCAGCCACCCUGGCAACAAGAGCCCUGUCUCUCAGCUUGACUGUCUGAAUAGAGAUAAUUAUAUCCGUUCGUGUAAAUUGCUCCCUGAUGGCUGCACUCUCAUUGUGGGAGGGGAAGCCAGCACUCUUUCCAUUUGGGACCUGGCUGCUCCAACCCCUCGCAUCAAGGCAGAGUUGACAUCAUCAGCCCCUGCCUGCUAUGCCCUGGCCAUCAGCCCUGACUCCAAGGUCUGCUUCUCAUGCUGCAGUGAUGGCAACAUCGCCGUGUGGGACCUACACAACCAGACACUUGUGAGGCAAUUCCAGGGCCACACAGACGGAGCCAGCUGUAUUGAUAUAUCUAAUGAUGGCACCAAGCUCUGGACGGGCGGUUUGGACAACACAGUCAGGUCCUGGGACCUGCGCGAGGGGCGGCAGCUGCAGCAGCAUGACUUCACCUCACAGAUCUUCUCCCUGGGAUACUGCCCAACUGGGGAGUGGCUAGCUGUGGGCAUGGAGAGCAGCAACGUGGAAGUGCUGCAUGUGAACAAGCCUGACAAGUACCAGCUGCAUCUCCACGAGAGCUGUGUGCUGUCCCUCAAAUUUGCUUAUUGUGGUAAGUGGUUUGUGAGUACUGGAAAAGAUAACCUCCUCAAUGCUUGGCGAACCCCCUAUGGAGCCAGUAUAUUCCAGUCCAAAGAGUCCUCGUCAGUGCUCAGCUGUGACAUCUCUGUGGAUGAUAAAUACAUAGUCACUGGCUCAGGGGAUAAGAAGGCCACAGUCUAUGAAGUCAUCUACUGAAAACAUGUGAUUUAACGUUUAUAGUUGAAUUGGGCCAAAAUGUUUUGAAUUUGUAGAAAUAGAAAAGUUGUAACUUUAAAAGAAAACACACACACACACACAGACCUGUUUCCAAACCUUGACACAAAACUACUUUGAGUCUACAAAGAGGAGGCAACGACUCCUUCAACAGAAGGUCGCCUACCUAGACCAAAUGGAGCACCGCGACCACCUGGACAGAGGGGCCAAGGGGCGUAGGACUGAGGAACGGAAUCUGCCAACCUGAGCUGCAGCCGGUUCUAGUCUCGCUGGAGGAUCUGUCGCCCACACCUGGCCUGAGUGAGAUUUCCUUCCUGUCCUUGCACUUCACCUUGCGUUCCGUCCUUUGUAGAGCAGUGGUGUCUCCAAUGAACUUGUUUCCUGGUUUUGCAUCUUGUGAAAUGUUUUUUUGUAUUUUUGUUGAAGGUUAAACAUUUGUAUAAAUUGUAAAUAUAUUUGGUUUAAUACAGUAAAACCUUUAGUACCAA